GCCGUCGGUGUCGGUGCAUGAGAAAGUCAGAAGUCAGAAAAAGUGUCUGCUUGUCCAUUGACACCACAUUGGCUUGAAACUUCUACGCAAUGGAUGUCAAGAAUAGGAGUGUCCACAAAAAAAUAGAAUCCAAGCAGAAACGGGCAAUACAAUAUAUUUCUGCUGAAACUAAUAUUGUGUUAGGACAAGAACCUACCAAGCAUAUUUUGAUUUGUAAUGCUGGACUAGCUCUUAGGCUUUCACAGGAAGACGUUAUUCAAACAUUUUCGAAGUAUGGUACCAUUGAGUCUGUUGUCAUGUUGCCCAACAAAACGUAUUGCUUUAUGUCAUUCUUCGACAAAUCCGAUGCUAUUUCAGCUUACAAUGCUCUACAUGGGAAGUGCUUCUUCCCUCGCACUGAAACCCUCAUGGUUUUGGCCUUUGCUGUUCAAGUGCCUCAAAUUCCUAAUGAGUGGGCGGCACUUCCCAGAGAGACUCCCCCUGGAAUGAUUGUUCUUGAAGAUUUUGUGACUCUUGAAGAAGAGGCAGCUCUUGUUCAGUUUUUGAAGUGGAAUGACCAAGAAGGCCAAUUGAAACAACGCCAAGUGCAACACUUUGGCUAUGAAUUUCGCUAUGGUCUUAAUGAUGUUGAUGAUGAAACGCCGCUAGAGAAUGGCAUUCCACCGAUUUGUGACUUUUUACAACCCCGUCUGGCCACACGAGGACAUUCCAAAUGGAACUUUCAUCCUGAUCAGUUAACUGUGAACAGGUACCUUCCAGGGCAAGGCAUACCUCCUCAUGUGGAUACACACAGUGUCUUUGAAGAUCCUAUACUUUCUCUGUCAUUACUGUCUGAUGUUGUAAUGGAAUUCCGUGAUAUUUCUGGGAGGAAGAUACCUGUACUGUUACCGCAACGUUCUCUUGCAAUAAUAUCAGGGGAAUCCAGGUAUGGUUGGACUCAUGGCAUUGCAUCUCGUUCACAUGACAUUGUUUGUGCGGACAACAAUAAAGGACUCACUUUACUACCUCGACAAGAACGUGUUUCAUUCACGUUUCGAUGUUUGCGCCCCAAGAGGGAGUGCUUUUGUUCCUUCCCUGGGCUUUGUGACAGUCAAAAGCAAAAUUUAUUUAGCCAGCAAUUGGAUGCUAUUCACUUGGAAAAGCAUUUUGUGCGUCAUGUUUAUGAAGAAAUUAGUGACCAUUUUAGUGAGACAAGACAUAAACCAUGGCCAAACAUUGUUGAGUUCUGUAAAACUUUCAGAACUGGGCAAAUUCUUAUUGAUGUUGGCUGUGGCAAUGGAAAAUAUUUUGGUCAGCAAGCAGAAAAUGUUUCCCUCUAUCAGGUUGGCAUUGAUGCCAGUGCGCAUCUCGCAGAUGUCUGCACACAGAGAGGUAUAGAAGUCAUGAAUGGAGAUUGUGUAAAUCUUCCAUUCAGGACAGGGAUUGCAGAUGGUGUUCUGUGUAUUGCAGUUAUCCAUCAUUUGGCAUCACAUGAAAGAAGACGGAAAGCAAUUCAAGAAAUUGCUAGGGUGCUUUGUAAAGGAGGACGAGCACUAAUUUAUGUUUGGGCCAGAGAUCAACAAUCUCAAGAUAAAAUGUCAACAUAUUUGAAACAAAGCCGUAAAAAUCGACAUCUGAAGCCAACUUCAUCUCAGACUCAGGAGGAUUCUCAAAAUUGUGCCAACAAUCCAGGGAACUUGAGUGAAAGUGACUCAAAUGACCACAGAAGUGACCUGCCAUUACCUGUCCAUAUAAACCGCACAAAUUUCAAACACAGUGAUGUGCUUGUGCCAUGGAAGUUAAAAGGUGUACAAAAGUCAAGUGAAAGUAAUCAGCAAACAUUUUUCAGGUAUUAUCAUGUUUUUGAGGCUGAUGAGCUGAAAGAGCUUUGUAGUGAGGUGCCUCAAGUACAGGUAUUGGAGACUAAAUAUGAUCAAGGAAACUGGACUGUGUUGUUAAGAAAACUGCCUUAAAUUUUAGUUGUUUGACAAUGUA